CUGAGAGGCGGAGUGGAGCGGCGGAGGGGGCGGGAUUCCCGGAGGCGCCGGCGGCACCGUGGGGCCUCCCUCCCUCCCUCCGACCCCCUCAGCAUCGGGACACCGGAGCAAGAAGGCGUCUGAUUGAUGAUGGCCAGAUAAGAAGAAACUCAAAUAGGAUGAGGAGCUGUUUAAUGUAAUGAAUACCAAACCAACUAACCAAUUCGUCACUGCUCUUGCUGGAAAAAAAAAUAAGAACUUCUUUUCAGGAAGAGCCUUGAUCUCAUGAACGAAUCAACAGAUCUUGGAGAUGCAAACACUCUGGAGCCAGGUAUACGGCUCAGGAAGAGACACAUGCCCAAUUCUGCUGUGCAAGAAUAUGAUCAUAGUGACAAGUCCAGUGAGCAGAAACCCUAUUUAGUAGAACCAUCAGCAUCACCUGAAAAGGAUUCUGGCAAAGAUGGGGAUGACAAUUCACCUCAGGAAGAUGAGGGCUUUAUGGGAAUGCUGCCUCUCCUCCAAGCCCACCACGCAAUGGAGAGAAUGGAGGAAUUUGUAUGCAAGGUAUGGGAGGGCCGAUGGCGUGUCAUUCCCUUCGACGUCUUGCCUGAUUGGUUAAAAGACAACGACUACCUGUUGCAUGGGCACCGGCCACCGAUGCCUUCUUUCCGGGCUUGCUUUAAAAGCAUUUUCAGAAUACACACAGAGACAGGCAACAUCUGGACGCAUCUACUAGGAUGUGUGUUCUUUCUGUGUUUGGGGAUCUUCUACAUGUUCCGGCCAAAUAUGUCCUUUGUAGCACCCGUUCAAGAGAAGGUGGUGGUUGGAUUGUUCUUCUUGGGAGCCAUCCUUUGCCUUUCCUUCUCAUGGCUUUUUCACACAGUUUACUGCCAUUCAGAAGGUGUUUCCAGGCUCUUCUCCAAGCUGGACUAUUCUGGGAUUGCUCUCCUCAUUAUGGGCAGCUUCGUCCCUUGGCUUUACUACUCUUUUUACUGCAACCCUCAGCCCUGCUUCAUCUAUCUGAUCGUGAUCUGCGUCCUGGGCAUUGCAGCCAUUAUAGUUUCACAGUGGGACAUGUUUGCAACCCCGCAAUACCGCGGAAUGCGAGCAGGAGUGUUUCUGGCCCUGGGCCUUAGUGGUGUGAUUCCCACUCUGCACUUUGUCAUCUCGGAAGGGUUCCUCAAGGCUGCCACCAUGGGGCAGAUAGGAUGGCUGGCCCUCAUGGCCUGUUUGUACAUCACUGGCGCUGGCUUGUAUGCUGCUCGUAUCCCAGAGAGAUUUUUCCCGGGCAAAUGUGACAUCUGGUUCCACUCCCAUCAGCUCUUUCAUAUUUUCGUAGUGGCCGGUGCUUUUGUGCACUUCCAUGGCGUUUCAAAUCUUCAAGAGUUCCGUUUCACCCUUGGGGGAGGCUGCUCAGAGAACGAGAUGCAGUAAAACCCGUCCCCCCGUUGAGGAUCAUAACCAAAACUGAACCAUGGGAGCAGUCGAUCCACACUUCGCCUACAAUGGUGGGGAAGUUUUGCAGGGAAUCUUAAGUAUAAGAUGGGAGAAAAAUUCAUACCUCAAACAAUGGAGUGAAUUGGUUCUGAAGACAUGAACAUUCUUAAAUCUUAACUUAUUCCUGAGAUCUGCAACUGAAGCAAGAAAAAAAAAACCCUUUCUUAAUCAGCUUAUGUUCAAUGCCAUAUUUAUUUGUAGAAAAUAAGAGAGGUUAUCUUGGGGAAAAGCUUGGCAAUUUUUUUCUUUUCUUUUUUUAAAUCUAGCUUAAUUAAGAUUUGUAACUUGUUCAGGUAAGUUGAUUUUUAGAUGCCCUUUUGGGAGAAAAAAAUGUAAAUAAGAUUUCUAACUUUCUGUUUGAUUAAAAACUUUCUAUAAAUGUUUUAAAAGGGGGGAGGGAGAUGGAUUUUGUAUUGGUUGCAACAUGCAAGUACCACACACUGUUUCUAUUUUGCACAAAUUCUUAAAAAGUGCAAGAAAGCUAGGUGAAACUCCUGAAAUCAGGCAUCUGGGUCCUAGAGAUUCUUCCUAAUUCUGGUGUAUACUGAUUGGCUCGAUCCAGUGGACCCAAUCCGCCGCCCACAAGGCCCGAAAGCAAAGAAGCGCUUACCGAUCGGCCUGUUCAGAAAGCAAAGGGAAAAGGCGCCAAGGCCGUUGCCUUCUAAGCUCUCUUCUGGGGUGGUCUGUUAAGGUUCCUUCAUUGGCCUUUUGCUGCACUGGGGUUUGAUGGCUUAAGGCAGUGGUUCUCAAUCUUUCUAAUGUCGCGACCCCAUAAUACAGUUCCCCAUGUUGUGGUGACCCCCAACCACUUAUACAUCACCGGAUGCCAGGGGCGUGGCUAAAGAAAAGGGGGGAAAAUGGCGGACAGUCUUGUUUGGCGACCCCCGUGAAAUGGUCGUUCGACCCCAAAUGGGGUCCCGACCCACAGGUUGAGAACCACUGGCUUAAGGCACAAUGUGGCAUAUAUCCUGACCUUUUGGGGUCUCUCAUCAGUGUUUCACCAUUCUUUUGGGUGUGCUGUCUUGUUUAUCCAAGUGCAAUUGUUAAUGUUGGGUACCAACCUUCCAGGUGACCUGCCCAGGGUGGAAAUGGUCUCAAGAGGGAUGGGAAGUACACAUAAGAAAGCAAUUUUGUUUUUGUUUUUCUAAGAAGAGGACUGGCUGUCUAUGUGUUAAUCCGUUCUGGUGUGUGUGUGUGUGUGUGUGUGUGUGUGUGUGUUGCUGAGUGACAGUAACACUACAGUUGUCUGUAUUAAAUUCACUGGACUCUGCAGGCUGCAAUAGUAACACUGCCAUUCUUUUUCCUCUUUCUC